AAUAUGGUUUUGGUAUUUGCACUCUGAAUCCAAGUCAAGGGUUACAGCUGCUAUGUACCAGACCCAAAAAUCUGUGUUUCAGGGUGAAACUCAAUUAAAAAAAACCCUCUACAAUCUAGAAUGCAAGUUCAUACAGUUGAGCAAUAAUCUACAAAUCUUCUUGCCAGCAUUGUCUGAAUAGAGAGCUACUGGCGCUCAACACCCAUCUGUGCAGCCACACACUCUUCUGUGACACAAGUUCUAGCAAACUCAGGACUAUCCUGGGCUAAGGAGAUCAGAACUGAGCAGGCUGGGAGAGAAAAGCUGCUGUGCUCCCACCUUCAUAAGGCCUGACUUGGUAAACCUGCUUAGACUAUACCUCUAACACAUUGUCUUCUAUCUCUGAUAGCCUGUGGAUAUGUCUCUCCUUGAGAAGUGUUUGGAAUGGGUAUCCUAAACAUUUUUUAGCUGAAAGCCUUAAGGAUUUGAGGAUGAAGUAAAAGAGGUUGGCUUUCUCAGCCUGAGGCUUCAAACCCACAAUUUUCUCCUUCCAGAAAAUGCCCUGCUCUCUACAUCACAUGCUGUGCUGAGUGGCUUGGGAUAAACCUGGCAUUUUACACAUCUCCUAUAAAAACUAUGACAGCAAGGAAUAAAAAAUUGUUUUUAAAUAUGCCAGAGCAAGUGCAGCACAAGAAAGACAAUAUCUCCAUGGUGCAGGAGUUCAUGCAUUAAACAGGAGGGAGAAGGACUUUCAGAUUUCAAAACUGAUCCUUUACUGUGUUUGCUGAAUGUUAAAGGCACAAACUGACCUGAGGACAGGAUAUUCUCAUGGUUCCCAGUUCCUAGGCCACCAGCUAUGACUGUCUUGCUCUUGUUCUGUUUACCAUGUUCUUGUCCCAUUUACGGAGUGCCUUAUCCAUCCUGCCUUGCUGUUUCCAUUGCAAUCCCUUGGGACCAACCAAUGUGAAACCUUCAGCAAUGGCACCUUUGAUGCUUCCAGAAGGGGAGAGCUACACACAAGCAGAGGUUUGAACCCACCUUCUGAAAAGCAGAGGCAGAGCACUGCUGUUUCAGUUUCUGAACACGGACAGACACGUGCCACCAGCUCACUGGCUGCAGCCGUAAGAGGCCACAUCACAGCCCAGGAGCUGGGUUUUGUGUACACUGCAGAGCUGGGAGGGAAACACCUGAUCAUGUGAGAGGACCAAGUGUUUGCUCAGUGGGAUGUACCUGGGCAACCCAAACACUCUACAUGUGUGUUGGUAACGUGCUCGGCAGAGCGGAAAGCUGACAGAGGAUCUUGAAUCCCCAAGAACCUCAGAGGUUUCCUGUGGAACAUGCAAGGGGUCGUCACUGACUGUCUCCGUUCAACCAGCCGCUGUUCUGAUGGGACAUGGAUGCAGUCACCUCUCUCCAGUGUGCCUGUCCAGCUCCUGAUCCACUCUGGAGGUACCUCGCAGAGCAUGAUCCGAAGUACAAAGGGAAGAAGAAGCUCAAGAUCUCGGGCAGAGAGCUGGUGUCAGUUCCCCCACAGGUCUUUGGCUUGGACCAACUGCAGGUCCUGGAGAUGAGCCCAGAACGAGAGAGCUGCCUGAGGUACCGGAUGGAGCUGCUCCCCCAGGAGAUCAGCCGCCUGAGGAACCUCACCUGCCUCUACGUGGACUCCAACAACUUGAAGAAAAUCCCUGCUGAAAUUGGCACUUUGAGUUGCUUGGAGAGGCUCACUCUGAGCAACAACCACCUGAGCUCCCUACCUGCAGAAAUAGGGGCACUUCAAAGGCUGCACAGCCUCCACCUGGCCAACAACAGCCUGACUGAGCUGCCUGCACCCCUCUGCCAGCUGAGGAGCCUCACCUUUCUGGAUGUGAGUGACAACAAAAUAGGUACAAUCCCCUCCAGCAUUCGGCAUCUGGAGAAACUGGAAACAUUGCUAUUGCUUUUCAACUCACUGGAGAGCCUUCCUGAGGAUAUCUGUGUUUUAAGGAAUCUGCACACACUUUGGUUGGGAAACAACCAGCUACAGUCCCUUCCAGCAGCCUUUGGGGAGCUGGUGAACCUGGACUGGGGAUACAACUACUGCUCAUGCAAUUUUGAGGGGAAUCCACUGGAGAGUCCUCCCCCUGAAGUCUGCAGCAGAGGCCCUGAAGGGAUCAGAGACUACUUCUUGUCACUUCAUAGGAUUCGGAGAGACUAAACCAUUGGUGUCAGUUCUCUUGAUGUGGCUGAGAUGGAUUUAUUCUGCACAAGCAAAAUGUAUUUCAGACAGAAAGCUCUGGUGAAAUCACU